GUGACACGCAGUGAUAAUUUGGAAUUUACCUUCACCUGCUGCCCAGAAAACCCGGCCAUCUUCAUGUGUAAAUGCUGUAACCUUUUCUCACCAAGUCAGUCGGAGCUCCUCUCCCACGUGUCUGAGAAGCACGCAGAAGAAGGGGUUAAUGUUGAUGAGAUCAUCAUUCCCCUGAGGCCUCUGAGUACACCCGAACCUGCCCACCCAAGCAAAGCUGGAGAUGAGCUGUCCGUCACGAAGAGGAAGAGGGGCAGGCCCAAGGGGUCCACCAAGAAGCCCAGCGCCGAGGAGGAGCUGGUGGGGAGCGUCGUGGGUCCGAGCGAGGCCCCUCCGCGGGCCCCGGAGGAGGGCAGCAGCCUGUCCCCCGGCUGCCUGGAGUGCCCCAAGUGCUCGCGCAAGUUCUCCAACCUGCGCCAGCUGAGGAAGCACAUCUGCAUCAUCGUGCUGAGCCUGGGCGAGGCCGAGGGCGACGCAGGUAAUGAAUCUGACCUUGAACUGGAAAAGAAGUUUAAGGAAGAAGAUCGAGAAAAGGCCCCGAGGCGACCUCGGACGCAGAGGACGGAAAAGGUCCAGAAGGUCUCUUUGGGAAAGGAGGCCACGCAGGGGCCCGGAGCAAAGAAGCCCAUCGUCAGCGUGGUGUUAACCGCACACGAAGCUAUCCCAGGUGCCACCAAGAUUAUUCCAGUGGAGGCGGGGCCCCCAGAAACAGGAGCCACAAGCCCCGAGGCCACCUCCGCGGACCUGGCGCCUCGGAGAGGGUACCAGGAGUACGCCAUCCAGCAGACGCCGUACGAGCAGCCCAUGAAGUCGAGCAGGCUCGGGCCCACGCAGCUCAAGAUCUUCACCUGCGAGUACUGCAACAAGGUCUUCAAGUUCAAGCACUCGCUGCAGGCCCACCUGCGCAUCCACACCAACGAGAAGCCCUACACCUGCGCGCACUGCAGCUACGCCAGCGCCAUCAAGGCCAACCUCAACGUGCACCUGCGCAAGCACACGGGCGAGAAGUUCUCCUGCGACCUCUGCGCCUUCACCUGCCUGAGCAAGGGCCACCUCAAGGUGCACGUGGAGCGGGUGCACAAGAAGGUCAAGCAGCACUGCCGCUUCUGCAAGAAGAAGUACUCGGACGUCAAGAACCUCAUCAAGCACGUGCGCGACGCCCACGACCCGCAGGACCCGCAGGUGCGCGAGGCCCUGGACGGGCUCCGCCUGCUGACCCGCGAGGGCAAGCGGCAGCUGCUCUACGACUGCCACGUCUGCGAGCGCAAGUUCAAGAACGAGCUGGACCGCGACCGCCACAUGCUGGUGCACGGGGACCAGUGGCCCUUCGCCUGCGAGCUCUGCGGCCACGGGGCCACCAAGUACCAGGCGCUGGAGCUGCACGUGCGGAAGCACCCCUUCGUCUACGUGUGCGCCCUGUGCCUCAAGAAGUUCGUCAGCUCCAUCCGCCUGCGCGCUGCGAGCUGGCCCUUCGCCUGCGAGCUCUGCGGCCACGGGGCCACCAAGUACCAGGCGCUGGAGCUGCACGUGCGGAAGCACCCCUUCGUCUACGUGUGCGCCCUGUGCCUCAAGAAGUUCGUCAGCUCCAUCCGCCUGCGCAACGCCUUCCUGCGGAUCCUGGACGGCCUGGCCAAGAGGCGGAUGGACCCCGGCCUGUGCGAGAGGAUCCGGAAGGUGUACGGCGACCUGGAGUGUGAAUACUGCGGCAAACUUUUUUGGUACCAAGUGCACUUUGACAUGCAUGUCCGCACCCACACCCGGGAACAUCUGUAUUAUUGCUCCCAGUGUCAUUAUUCCUCCAUCACCAAAAACUGCCUUAAACGCCAUGUCAUUCAGAAACACAGUAACAUCCUGCUGAAGUGUCCCACGGAUGGCUGUGACUACUCGACUCCAGAUAAAUAUAAGCUGCAGGCCCACCUUAAAGUGCACACAGAGCUGGACAAAAGGAGUUAUUCUUGUCCUGUGUGUGAGAAGUCUUUUUCAGAAGAUCGGUUGAUAAAGUCGCACAUCAAGACGAACCACCCGGAGGUCUCCAUGAGCACCAUCUCCGAGGUGCUGGGCCGGAGGGUUCAGCUGAAGGGGCUGAUCGGCAAGAGGGCCAUGAAGUGCCCGUACUGUGACUUCUACUUCAUGAAGAACGGCUCCGACCUGCAGCGGCACAUUUGGGCUCACGAAGGCGUGAAGCCCUUCAAGUGCUCUCUUUGCGAGUACGCGACGCGCAGCAAGAGCAACCUCAAGGCGCACAUGAAUCGCCACAGCACGGAGAAGACCCACCUCUGUGACAUGUGCGGCAAGAAGUUCAAGUCCAAGGGGACGCUGAAAAGCCACAAGCUCCUUCACACCUCGGACGGGAAGCAGUUCAAGUGCACGGUGUGUGACUACACGGCGGCCCAGAAGCCCCAGCUGCUGCGGCACAUGGAGCAGCAUGCCUCCUUCAAGCCUUUCCGCUGCGCCCACUGCCAUUACUCCUGCAACAUCUCGGGCUCCCUGAAGAGGCACUACAACAGGAAGCACCCCAACGAGGAGUACGCCAACGUGGGCGCCGGGGAGCUGGCCGCCGACGCGCUCNUCCGCGCAGGCGGCCUGAAGUGCCCCGUGUGCAGCUUUGUCUACGGCACCCGCUGGGAGUUCAACAGGCACCUGAAGAGCAAGCACGGCCUGAAGCUGGUGGAGACGGAAGGGGAGCCCAAGUGGGAGCCAGCGACAGAGACUCCCGAGGAGCCCGCCACCCAGUACCUGCACAUCGCGGAGGCCGAAGAGGACGUCCAGGGCACGCAGGCUGCCGUGGCCGCGCUGCAGGACCUGAGAUACACCUCCGAGAGCGGUGACCGGCUGGACCCCACAGCGGUAAACAUCCUCCAGCAGAUCAUUGAGCUGGGCAGCGAGGCCCACGACGCCACGGCCGUGGCCUCCGUGGUUGCCAUGGCUCCCGGGACGGUGACCGUGGUGAAACAGGUCACCGACGAGGAGCCCAGCUCCAACCACACGGUCAUGAUCCAGGAGACGCUGCAGCAGGCGUCCGUGGAGCUGGCCGAGCAGCACCACCUGGUCGUGUCCUCGGACGACGUGGAGGGCAUCGAGACGGUGACCGUGUACACGCAGGGCGGGGAGCCCUCGGAGUUCAUCGUCUACGUGCAGGAGGCCAUGCAGCCCGCGGAGGAGCCGGCGGGGGGGCAGCUGGCCCAGGAGCUCUGAGGACGCCCAGCGCCAGGGCCGGGCUGCCAGGCCCUGCAGGGCGCCAGGGGACGAGGAGGGCGGCUGCCGACCGGUGCUGUCCUUGCUGCUCUUCUCUGUGCUCCUCCCAUCCGCCGGCCGCCAUGGGGGCUCCUUGUCCUGCUUUGGGUGGGCAAGGUGAUUGGCAUCCGCAGCAAUAGGGCCCCCCCCAGCACAACCGCCCCCCCUUACCCUGAAUGAUCUGCUUCUGAAAAGACUUCUGCAUCAAUUCUUCAGACAGGGCUCACACCGCAUCGCCCCCUUCCUUUCAGAGACCCCCCCAGUCCCCAUCAGCAUCUUCCCGAAUCCCAGCCCCGACUCCUGACGCCACUGAGGUGCUGAAUCUGCAUUUGGGACUGUGUGCAGCCUGGCGAGAGCCGGCACCACAGAGCCGGGGGCCUGCGGGGAAGAGGAGGGGCAGACUUAUCACAGAGCCCCCAGGAUCAAAGUCCGCCCCCCCCCCCCCCCCCCCCCCCGGCGCUUAUCACGGGAGUAACCACAAUCCAUGACUCUUCCUCCGCCGUCCCAGGUGGGGCCUCAGCUUACAGGCUUGGCAUUCUUUCGCUUUUUAAAAAAAAUGCACUUUUUACUCUUCACCUCCUAAGGAGGCAGGUGGAUGGAAUAAAAUCAGUCUCUGCCUGA